CGGAAUCAUAACAUUGAGAAAUGAGAAGAGCCCCGGAAACCAUAGUAAAAUGGUGCACAACGUUUUUAGAUUGAACUUGCCCCAGGCGAAAACAAUAACGCGCUGGGCGUAAGCGUUUUCACCUCAGAGCUUAAAAAAAAUUGCAAACACAUUUUUAAAUAGUUUAAAUGGUAAAGUACGGCAAGGUUAUUUAUAAUUUAAUCUCCAUUCCUACCAAAUGGCAGCACAGAUUAAUUAAUAUCAUAAAAAUACUAUAACAUACAUAAUUUGUUAAUGUAGAGUCUAAUCAGUGGGUAUUUUUCCAUUCAAUUGAGCAUGUACCAUGUGGAGCAUGGUAUAGCGAGGGCGCUAUUAUUCUGAAGGGUACGGACAGGAAGGCUUAUUUUUGUUGCUGCUGGCAGAAUAAAAGCUACUGGAGGUAACUCCCUCUGACAGACAAGUUUACGUAAAUCCAUAUGUACGAAGGUCAUUUUGACAACUGUCGAAGACGAGAGACAGCGAUAUCAACAGGGAAAGUUGACAUAGAGCUAUAAGUCUAGGGUGUGAAGCUGGUUCGGGUUGUACGGCUGAACUGAAGCCAUAGUUACCGGCUGAAGCGGCUUUGUUUUGGAUCACACGACUGUGCUUAGAGAGCAAAGUGCCUUAUGUCCCUGCAUGAACCCCGUCAGUCUGAACACAAGAAGAUGGACCAUGAAGUGGCUGACCUUCCCAGUGGCCCGCUGGAUAUCUACAGGAAAAAAGCCUCUUUUAACUGGAAGGACAUGCUCCACUUUAUAGAGGGAGAAGAAAUGCUUGCAUUCAAGCAACAUGUGUUCAAGACACUGGAGAAUGAUCCUCUGUUUGCCCGUCAGCCCGGGGAAGACAUCCCUAUCGAGAAAAUGAGAGAGCUGACCUUCCUCAGGGUGAAGCAGCUCUUCCGCUACGACUUCAUGACCAAAGAAGAGUUGAUAGCCAACCCCUGGAAGACUGUGGUCCUCAGUGAUUCUCUUGGCAUGUAUGACUGGAGCAUUACGGCCAAGUAUUUUCUCCACAAAGGGAUGUUUGGAGCAACUAUUGCCAACUCAGGAUCUGGGAGACAUAACAAAUAUGUUGAAAACACUGAAGACAUGACGAUGUUUGGAUGCUUUGCACUGACUGAGCUGAGCCACGGCAGCAACACCAGAGCCAUGAGGACCACAGCAACAUAUGACCCCUCCACCCAGGAGUUUGUGAUCAACUCUCCAGACUUUGAGGCUGCCAAGUUCUGGGUGGGGAACCUGGGUAAGACUGCAACCCACGCUGUGGUGUUCGCGCAGCUCUACACACCUGACCAGGUGUGCCACGGCCUGCACUCCUUCGUUGUCCCGGUGAGAGAUCCAAAGACCCUGCUGGCUCUGCCUGGCGUGCUGGUUGGAGACAUGGGCAAGAAGCUGGGCCAGAACGGACUGGAUAAUGGGUUUGCUUUGUUUCAUAAUGUGAGGAUCCCUCAGGAGAAUCUACUGAAUAAGACUGGAGAUGUUACUCCUGAUGGCUGCUACGUUACCCCAUUCAAGGACCCCAACAAGCGUUUCGGGGCGUCUCUAGGUGCCCUGUCAGGUGGCAGGUUGUCCAUCACCAGGAUGGCUCUGGUCAACCUGAAGCUGGCUCUGAUUGUGGCCAUCCGCUUCUCAGCCACCAGGAGACAGUUUGGACCCAAAGAUGCAGAGGAGAUUCCUGUUUUGGAGUACCAAUUACAGCAAUGGCGUCUGAUCCCGUACCUGGCAGCAGCGUAUGCUCUUGAACACUUCUCUAAAUCCAUCUUCAUGAACUUUGUUGAGUUCCAGAUUGGACAGGCAAUGAGGGACAAGAGUGACAGACAAGCAGAGAUGGGCAGGGAGAUCCAUGCCAUAGGCUGCUCCAGUAAACCACUGGGCUCGUGGACCGCUCAGAGGGGGAUCCAGGAGUGCAGGGAGGCCUGCGGUGGACAUGGAUACCUGGCCAUGAAUCGGCUGGGUGAUCUGCGUAAUGACAAUGAUCCAAACUGUACAUAUGAAGGAGACAACAAUGUCUUGCUUCAGCAGACCAGCAACUACCUGCUCAGCUGGCUCUACACUAAACAUUGCGAUGGUGUGCGAAUUGAGUCUCCUCUUCACACUGUGGAUUUCCUGGAUGAUUUCCACAAGAUCCUGGAAAGCAAGUUUACAGCAACAACGUUGGACGAGUGUAUGGACUCUGCAGUGGCACUGGCAGCCUAUAAGUGGCUGGUGUGUUUCCUGCUGGAGGAGAGCCAGAAUAGGCUGGAACAGCAGAGGGCCUCGGGAAAGGAUGAGUUUGAGGCCCGUAACAACAGCCAGGUUUACUACUGCCGUUCCCUGGCCAUCGCCUACAUCGAACACAACUGCCUCCAAAGGUUUCAUGAGCUGACUACUGAUCAGGACACACCAGCUGGUCUCAGACCUAUACUAAGCAAGCUGUGUACCCUGUAUGGGCUGUGGAGCCUCAGCAGCCACAUGGCCACACUGUACCAGGGUAAUUACUUGAGUGGGGCGAAGCCUGCAGAGUUGGUCCAGAUGGCCAUUCUUACUCUCUGCUCCCAGCUGAGGGAUGAUGCAGUAGCAUUGGUGGAUGUUUUUGCACCUCCUGAUUUCAUUCUCAACUCACCUAUUGGCAAUGCUGAUGGACAGCUUUACAAGAAUCUGUGGUCAGCAGUGAUGCAGGGCAGCCAGGUGCUGGAACGACCAUCCUGGUGGAAAGAGUUCUGCUCAGACAAGCCUGUGGUUGGUUCCCUCCGUCCAAAACUCUAGAACUCAGACACACUCUCAACUACAACCCUGGACAUGUCUGGAGUGUCCAAAUUCUAGGUGUAAAAUAUGUGUGCCCUCUAAAAAUUCCAAUUAUGUAAUUUAAAAUGUAAUAUCCAUAUGUCCACUACUUUUUGCCAUCCAUAGUUCUACACCGCACCUGUCAGUUAAGGCACAAAAUGAGUGGGUCCAAAGUCCUAUAUACAGAUUACCCUAUCAAGUGUUUAUUAUAUAGGGAAUAGUAAAUGAAUGAUUUGGACAAAAUCAAGAACCCUGGAAUCCUUAGAAUUCUCCAAAUCCCGUACACUUAAGAAGUCUGGAUGAACUCAGGAGCCCUUAAACCCUGGUCCAACGCAAAACAAAUUAAAAGAUGUCUUCACAGUUACACUGGGCACAUUUACCACUCCCUCAUGAACAUUGAACACACCUUGGACCUGCACUAGCACAUUCUCUAAAACCCUGUUGAUACUUUUAAAUACCCACCACAUCAGAUACGAUUGUAAACAGACCUGACAAAUCAGUCCUACUGAAAUUAAAUUGCAGGUUUUCUGCUACAGCAUACUGAUCUAUUUUGUGAAUUGCAUAUCAAGUCCUCACUUUUGAAAACAAAAUCAGUACCCAAAAGCGUCUCCUGUCUCUGCAAAUGCAGAAUGUUGUUGUUUUUCUGACUAAAAAGAGAGAGAAAUUCUGUGCCAAUUAAAUCAUUCAAUUUUAAACUGUAUUAACAAAAAGAAGUAAUGCUCUGUCACCGUUCCAUCAUUGGCUGACGGUGACGCUAACAGCCAGAGAGCGGCUGUGACACAACACAAAAAAUAACUUUAGACCACGACUAACAUUAAAUCAUUCCUCUUGAAUGAACUACUAAACAAACAUCGACCGAGGAAAAGUGCACUGCUAUCAGUUUGCAGCUGUAGCUGACAAGCUAAUUAGCUACCAAUGUAGUUUAAGUUACUAACCAGAAUGGUAUAAAAAUUAUAUACUGAUACAGCCUUUGCAAGACUUUUUAUUUUUAUCAUACCUAAUAACUGUAAUAAGUCAUUUUAGAGUUUGUGACGCUCAGAAAAAUGUAUUAAUUGUUUUACAGCCAUUUCUUAUGUAAGAUUUGAUUGCCUAUGGGAAAAUUGGGGGAAAAGUUGUUUUGGGCCAGUGGUCAUCAUGUGACCUACAUUUUCAACUCAGUGCUGUUCCUGGGAGCUUGCACUUGUAACCAUCUUGUUUACAUUGUCCUUCCAUGCCCCUGCCGGCUCAGCUGUCAAUCAAACUCGUACAGUAACACACCCACUCAGAGGCUUGGAGACUAAAGGAGCAUCUCUGAUAUAUCCUCAAAUACCCUUUUUCUUCCUUUUAGUAAAAGUAUAUAAAAGUACAAGAAUAUUAAUAAUGCAUUUGAAAAUCAAUUGACAUAAUUUUUGUCACUGCAAGAAGGGAUAACUUUUUGGAUUUCAGUUGAACUUAACAUAAUCUUUUUUUAGUAUUUCACCACACUUCAUGGAUAUAAUGAUAAACUGAUUUUAAAAAAUUAUAUAUUGAUUGAAAAAAUGCUGGUUAUCCACUUUGGCAACCUCUUGGGCAUAAAAAAAUUAAACCAAUGCUGAAGUGCCAAAAACUGCAGUUCCUCAAAUAGCCACUUGAGGCUGGCUACAAAAGCAAGUCAAUCUCCUUAAGGCUCCAUGUUAAAAUGCCCAACUUUACAGCAGAAAAAAACAUGUUUACAGCCUGGUACAAAAAACAGUUUUGGUCUCUAUAGCUAAUUUCCCUGUUCAUGACAACUUUAUGGGGGGUGAAUUUUUAUAUAACCCAUUUAAAUUAUAUUAAAGGGAUAGUUCACUACAAUGUCAACCAAGGAUUAUCCUGUUAACACACUGUAACUUUGCAAUGUUAACACGAGUCCAAAUGAUAUUGAAUGUAUGUGGUCAGUUAAGGGUCAAUAAUAUUUUGAGCUUGUGAAAUGAUUAGAAAUAAUUUCAAAGCCUGUGGUUGUAUAUCACUUAUAUGUAUCCUAUCAGUUCUAGUUUAUGAAGGUGUAAUAAAGAUUUGUGGUUGUAGAAAAAAAAAGUGAGAAACACAUGCCACACAUGCUUUCGGCUGUAAAUGCAGAGCCAAAAAAUUGUACUUGUAAUAUAAAUAUAUUGUGUGCUUAUGUGUAACUUCAGUGUUACAGUGUGGGAACUUUGAGAACUUUGAGUUUCAGACACAGAUUCCUGCUUUAAAUCUGUAUUCCAAUGUUCACAAAAGCAUUUCUUUGUCAGAUUCUCUGAAAUAUAACACCCAUGAUACAAUUUGUGCAUACUUUUUUUUAGACAUUUUCAAUUUUUUUCAUCUAUCAUUCCACAUUCAAAAAUUUUAUUGACUCUUAUUUGAGACCAUAUAAAUAUCUCACAACAUAUAAGAAACCUCAAAACUGAAUAGACGUGUGAUUUUUAGAUUUAUUGUAUUUCAUAGUUGACUGAUGUAUUAUAUGGGAUGUAAUAUUUUAAUAAAUCUGAAAAUUGUGUUAUACGUGAUAUAUAGUACCAUAUAACCCUGUAAAGAAUUAUCACAGUCCUUGUAAUACAGCGUCUUGAUAUACACAUACAAAUUAAAUAAAUUUACUAAUACAA